GGCACCGGUGUAACAACACGGAGCUUGGCUGUUCUGUUCGUGCAACCUUAACAAAUUAGUGCAUCUUUAUUUGCCUGAACUACUAACGAUGAGCUGGACGGUGGCGAGCUCGGUUCUGGUGCUGCUGUGCUGGUGGGGGCUUCAAGAAGGCACCCAUGCCUGCACCUGCCUCCCGAGGCACCCCCAAGAGAUCUUUUGCCAAUCUGAUGUCGUCAUCACUGCCAAAGUUGGUAAAGUCAAGGAUGAUGGUGACUUUGCCCAACCCAUCAAGUAUGACAUCAAACUUACCAGGACCUUUAAAGGCCCAGAAAGACUCUUUCAUGCCAUCUACACCGCAUCUAGCUCUGCAGCAUGUGGAGUCUUUCUGUCCAAGGACACGGAGUAUCUAUUAAUGGCCAAAUUGUAUCCUGACAACACUCUGCACAUUUCCUCGUGUGACUUCUAUCAGCCAUGGCAGGCUUUGAGCUACACCCAAAAGAGCCUUUUGGAUCGUUACCAACAAGGCUGUAGUUGUAAGAUUGAGCCCUGCUAUGCCCUUCCGUGCGAUGUGAGCGGCCCGAACGUGUGCCAGUGGACGGACUUUCUUCCGGGCACGCACAAAGGCAACCAGGCCCAAAACUACGCUUGCGUCAAAAGAAGAGACCGUACAUGUGCCUGGUACCAAGGGCCUGCCUACCCCGUCAAGGGAUAAAAGAAUUUCAUAAGCCAUUCCAAAUAAAAACUAAUUAAAAACUA